AUGGAGGAGAUAGAAGAAGCCAACAAAGCCGCCGUAGAGAGCUGUCAUAGAGUCCUUAGUCUCGUGUGUAGAGCACAACAAGAUCAGGGUUAUGACAGGAGCUUGGUCUCUGAGACUGAGGAUGCUGUCUUUAGGUUUAAAAGAGUUGGGAGUCUUCUCAGCAGAAGUGUGGGUCAUGCUAGGGUCAGAAGAGCCAAGAAACUGCAAACCCAUUUGUCUCAGACCAUUUUUCUUGAUCCUUGCCACCUUAAAACAGAACCCCCUUCUAUGAAAUCGCCGUUUCUCCGGUCUGGUUUCCAUGAACUGAGCCUGCGGCCUUCGGAUUCUCUCAGCUUAGGAAACCCUUCUUUCGGUUUGAGCUCCAAUUCAAAAGGUCCUCUUCUUCAACUUACCCAGCAGGCGAUUCCUUCGAUGAAUUAUCACAAUUUGCUUCAUAAGCAGCAUCAACAUCAACAACAGCAGUUACAUGAAAGGUUACAGGCUCAUCAGCAGCAACAGAAACAUCAGGCUGAGAUCUUGCUUAGGAAAUGUAAUGGUGGGAUGAGCUUAAGCUUUGAUAAUUCCAGCUGUACCCCGACAAUGUCAUCGACUAGGUCUUUCGUUUCUUCACUUAGCAUAGAUGGUAGUGUGGCCAAUGCAGAAGGAAAGAAUUCCUUCCAUUUGAUAGGGGGGCCGUCUUCAACGGAUCAUAAUUCACAACCCCUUAAGAGAAAGUGUUCCGGGAAGGAAGGGGAAGGAAGCUUCAAAUGCGGAAGCAGUAGCAGAUGCCACUGCUCAAAGAAGAGGAAACAUAGAGUGAAGAGGUCCAUCAAAGUGCCGGCUAUCAGUAACAAGGUCGCAGAUAUACCUCCCGACGAUUAUUCAUGGAGGAAAUAUGGUCAAAAACCAAUCAAGGGUUCUCCUCAUCCCAGGGGAUACUACAAAUGCAGCAGCAUGAGGGGUUGUCCGGCGAGGAAGCACGUAGAGAGGUGUCUGGAAGAUCCGUCGAUGCUAAUCGUCACUUACGAAGGAGACCACAACCACCCAAAAAUGUCUUCGCAAUCCGUAACUUAACGGCGUCGAGGUUAUGUGCUCUUUUUCAGUCCUUCCCUUGCAAUGAUAUGAUUGGCUUUAGCUUGGGAUGAUCUCGUGGUUGCAUGGAUCGGCGUGGUUUUCCGGCAAUCGUUGAAGUUGUUGGCUUUCAGGGUUUUUAGUAAUGCGACAAAGCAAGAAAACAAAAUUUGUAGGAUUUGUGACAAAACUGCUCUCCAUCAUUUCUAAGCAUUCGAUCGAUGUUUGCUCUUUUUCAUUUGACAGCUUUUUAUGUAUUCGAAAAUCGGGUAUUCAUCCAUCAACGGGAUGAGUUCGGUUUCGUUUUCGACGACUACGAGAAUCUCACUUUCGGGUU